AUAUUUCUUUCUUUUUCCAAACUUCCUUCCACAUUUUUCUUGUAUGGCGCCAUGGAGGGUAUAAUGGGAUCUAUUUUGGCAAGGCAUCUUUCGGCUGAGCGCAUAGCAUACUUGGCGCAAUCCCGGAUUCCUGAUAUUAUCGCUUGCAAUGUUAUUUUGCUUGUGUUCGCAACCGGUGGUUUGCUGAUCCGACUAUUUGUCAGAGUUCGCUAUCUCACUGGGAUAAAUCUAGAUGAUUUGGUUUGUAUGACUAGCUGGGUAUUUACUUUUGUUCUAUGCUUCACUGCAAUGCUAAUGACCAAAUAUGGGUUCGGUAAACAUAUCGGAACUGUGUCAAACUUCGAUGAUCGAGCUAUGUUCCUCAAGCUCGAUUUUGUUUCGAUGCUCGCCUACGUUCUCGCCCUCGGUACGAUAAAGAUGUCUUUUUGCCUCCUAUAUCUUCAUAUUUUCCCAGGGGACAAAUUCCGCACUGUCUGCUGGUGGGUUCUCGCAAUCAUUGUGGCACAAAGCACCGCGGAGACUCUGGUUGUGCUUUUCCAAUGCACGCCUAUUCACAAGGCUUGGGACGCCACGGGUCUUGUGGAAGGUACCUGUGUCAAUAUGAACGCAUUCUACUACGCCAACUUUGCGGUCAAGCUUGCCAGUGACCUAGCCUUAUUCACUAUGCCAAUUCCAAAGCUAGUCAAAUUGAAGAUGUCGGUAGGCAAGCGGGCAGGCUUGGUGGUGAUGUUUAGCUUGGGUCUUCUCGUAUGCAUCACGAGCAUCAUCCGAAUCAGUUAUCUGAAUACCUUCGAAGUGGAUCAUACUUGGUCAAUGGUCAAUGCCAUGAACUGGUCCUGCGUGGAAGUCGCCGUCGCCCUUUUUAUCGCGUGCAUUCCCUCUUUCAACACCUUGAUCAUCUUUCGCUUCCCAAGGUUACAACAGUUAUUGGGUCUUCCGAGCAACAAGCGUGACGGGACAGGCAAGUCAAAGACAUACGGUAGUUCGAGCCGUCGAGUCUACAAUAGUUUUUCAGUCGAGGCAAAUAACAGUCUCAAUCUGAAGUCAAUAACUCGCCACGUUCAUACAGACGUGGAAUCUAGCCCCAAUGGCUCGCAAGAGCGCAUAAUGUAUGCGGGAAUGCAGGAGGCAACAAGGGUUAGUGUGAACGACAAGAGUGUUUGA